AGUGAGUGAGAGUGAGUGGGAGGGAGGGCGGCAGUCAGAAACAAGCAAACUAAUUCUUUCAGCAGAGACAGACAGUCGUGGUGGAGCAGCUGAUGCUCGUUCACCUCGCUGACGCUCUUUGCUCGCCGUUAAAGGCGCACUACUAGUCUUAUUCCCCCCUCUUCGUCUCCAGGCGCCAAAUAGGAGCAGAGUUCCCGUUUUGGAUAGGCGGACGGCGCGCGCGCACCCACACUUCUCCAGAGCCGCGACAAGUCAAGGUGAAUGCCGUCAUGCCAUUUGGGUGCCUUGCCCUGCGAGAUGGGCGGACAUACAGUAGCAUGUCUGAUGUCACAGAGAAGUAUGAGAUUGGACAAGUCCUCCGAGCGAAGGAGUUCUGCGAGCUGUGUCUGGCCAAGGACAGACAGACAGACAAGGUGUUUGUCUGCAAGAAAUUCCUCAAGAAAGAUGGCAGGAAAGUCCGCAAGGCUGCCAAGAACGAAAUCAUGAUUCUGAAAUUGGUCAACCACCCCAACAUCCUUCAGCUGAUAGACACGUUCGAGACCCGGAAAGAAUAUUUCAUCAUCCAGGAACUGGCUACAGGAGGAGAUGUAUUUGACUGGAUUCUGGACCAGGGGAAUUACACAGAGAAAGAUGCCUCCAAUGUCAUCAGACAGGUCCUGGAGGCUGUGGCAUACUUACACUCCCUCAACAUAGUUCACAGGAACCUCAAGUUGGAAAACCUGAUGUACUACACAGAAAACAACCACAAUAAAGUAGUUCUGCGAGAUUUCUACCUGUCCAGGUUUGAGAAUGGCCCCAUCACGGAGCCUUGUGGAACACCAGAGUACCUGGCUCCUGAAGUGGUGGCUCGUCACAGAUAUGGUCGUCCUGUGGACUGCUGGGCUGUGGGUGUAAUUAUGUACAUACUUUUGUCCGGUAACCCUCCGUUUUAUGACGAGACGGAGGAGGAGAACACAGAUCUGCAUAACCGCAUCAUCUUUUGUCGCAUUGUUGCCGGCGACUUUGAGUUUGAUUCUCCGUACUGGGACGACAUUUCACCUGCAGCUAAGGAGCUCGUGUGCCGGCUUAUGGAGGUGGACCAGAUGCUUAGAAUCACAGCGCAAGAUGCACUUUGGCAUGAAUGGAUCGCAGGGAACGGUGCAUCAGAGAAGAACUUGAAAGACGGCGUGUGUGCCCAGUUUGAGAAGAACUUUGCGAAGGCGAAAUGGCGGAAAGCCAUCCGUGUCACCACCUUCAUGCAGCGACUGAAGAACUCGGAGGCAUUAACUGACAGUUCGGCUGAAGGCCAGGCCGCUGAGGAGGCGGGAGAUGGUGAAGGUGGCGUCUCUCAGGGGACCAGUGAUGAGGGAGACAAGGUAACCAGCGAUGGAGGGGUGACGUCGAGCAGCGUGUCUUUGGAAGUCACUGUUGAAAACACACCAGCAGCUAUGGACCACGGUGAGGGCAGCAGUAAGCCAGAGGAUAAACAGGGUCAGGGUAAGAUGAGCGUUGGCUCAUCUGUAGGAACAUCCCCAUCAGAUAUUCAGGAGCCUCGCUGCCAAUCAAACGCAGUCCCCCAAGUCACACAUGAAGAGGCUGAGAAGGGUGGUGCAAAGAGAGCGGCGGGAGACGGAACGAGGAAAAUGGCGGCCAAUUUUGGGCCACAUAAAGUUGUACCUGAAUCAAAACCGACACCUACGGAGGCGCCUGAGUCGUCCAAGCUGACAGGUUGUUCUUUGGGCAACCAUCAAGCAUCUGCUUCCCCUGAUCCCAGCAGCAAACGCAAGAUGGCUGCAAAACUCCGCGGGCCUUCGUCCACAGCCUCUGUGGGAGCAUCGGCCUCCCCUGAGAAGAGGCCGGGCGCUCAGAGGCAACAGAAGGACGAGACGGACGCCAGCUGGUGUCAGACACAAGUACCCGAGGCGGUGGCUGAGAGGUCAGUGGGAGCGCUAGUCGCUCCGGGUGUGGGGCCUGGAGCUGCAGAUGUGGGACUGGGAGUUAGGUUAAGGAGUGACGCCAGCCCCAUGAGCAGAAGGGACAGGGAGGCCAGGACAAUGGACCGAUACAGCGCGGAGCUCAGCGUGGCCAGAGCGGGAGCCGCAGGACCCGGCUGCUUCACGGUAGGCAGCUCCGCGAGCCUGGGGCGUCACGCCGCUCCAUACAACCCAGAGGGCGGGACUGUAGGCAUGGGGACGGCAGGGGGCUACGGGAGCCCGUACACUUCCCUGUACACGGGCGCGGCAGCGGUGGGGAUGUACGGGACCGGGCUGCCGCACACUGCGGGCGGCGGCGGCGCUACGAGCGACUGGCAAAUGGACAGCGUCAUUGAGCAGAUCGAAAAGCAGAUGGCCGCCGUGCUGGAGAAGAUCGAGGGGGACAUGCCCUCGCUCCUGGAGCAAAUCAGCGACUGCCCGUCGGACUCGCCGCGUGCCCGGAGCGCGCACGCCUCGCCGGCCGCCUCCCGCGCGCGCUCGUCACAGCACCCCCCGACGGCGACCUCAGCCACCCCCCCUCCGCUGCCCACCUCUCCCAGGCCCACGCUGCCCUCGCUCCCUCGCCUCACCAUACCUCCUCCGUCCUACCCGCCGCCCUCCCCACCCACGCAAGCCUCACCCCAGGCUGCAGGGGAGCGAGAGGACAGAGAUGGACAGUCGGUUCCUGCUUGCCCCAGUCAGUCACCACGAUGUGGGAUGGGUAGGGGCCUAUAAAGCAGAUGCAUACAAAGCCUGCACCCCAGAAGAAGGUUUAGUGUUUGGCUGUGUAUUCAUAUUGAAACGACUGGUUAACGUCAGUUUUCCUGUGGCAUUAAAAUACUCUCGUGUGGAGUCUAGAAUGAAGAGAAUCCUGCAUCCUGCUUUGUGGCAGCUAUAGGAGACCAGUAUUUUAUGCAUCUCAAAUUCCAGAUUGUGUGCAUGAAUUUUCACGACACAAUUCUAAACAGUUUGCAAAUUAUAUAUCUGCACGAAAAAGUGAUAUAACUUUUAUCUAAUUGUGGCAGUUGAUAGAAGGGGAAGUAUUAUGAUUUGCAUUACUGGCUGCAAGCUGUACAUAUAUACAUAGAAACACAAGGUUUCUAAUUCUUCCUCCACAAAUUUCCUCAAAAUUAAAUAUCUGUUAAAACUGACAUUGUCUGUUAAUAAAUGAACUUAGUUCUAGUUAAUUUUUGUAUGUGUAGCUGCUCCUUCUCUUUCUGUAGUGAGGCUGCAAAACCAUGAGCUUGCAGUCAGUCACACAGUUGUAUAGACGUGUAUGAAACUAAACUGAUCAAGCCUUUCCAUCGACUGCUUUCAACUGACAUUUGUUUUUAUUGUAAAGUGCAUUUAAAGCUGUCACUCAGAGUCUUGUGAUUUGUCCCCAUGCCUGUUUGAAAGCUGGGGGGGAAAUCUCUAGAUGCAAGAUAAUGUAUAAAGGCUUUGCAGGCACGCACACACACACACACACACACACACACACACACACACACACACACACACACACACACACACACACACACACACACACACACACACACACACACACACACUUCCUCUUGUUUCAUUCAUUUCUCCCUUUUUUGGGUUUUGCUGACACGCAUCCAUUUAGUAACGUUACAAUGCUGUUUAUAUUUGCUCCUUUUUAUUGUGUGCAGUCGUUAUGGAUUUCAUCCUGGUUUGGGAUCUAUGUGAUACUGGGUUUUGUGCGUUUUCUCCUGAAUAAGUCUACACAUUCACUAUUCUGUGUACCCUGUGCUCUGUUUGCAAGUCUUUCAAUAAACACAAAAAAGCUA